GCGGGCGCAUGGCGGGCGCUGAGGGAGGAGGAGGAGAAGGAGCCACCGGCGAUGGAGGCACCGAUGGAGCCACCGGCGGAGGUCGUAGCCCCGCGGCCCGCCCGGCCCUGGCGCUCCGCGGGGCCGUGAUGGUGGCCAGCGGCGGGGGGCGGCUGCUGGCGGCGCGGUGUGGGGAGCCCGGUGGUGAGAGUCUCUUCGUGUACGAUUGUGUCAGCGCGGAGAAGAAGACCUUGGGAGAUAAAGGGCAGGAUGGAAAAGCAACAGAUAAAGGAACUGAUGACAUCCUGGCUUUUGCCUUCUCCCCAUCAGGGGAUUAUUUUGCCUUGACAGAUGACAACAAACGUCUGAUCCUGUUCCGGACAAAACCUUCCUGGGAAUGUGUUAGUGUCAGGUUUGUGAACAGGAGAUGCACAGCCCUGGUUAUUACAGCUGCAGAGGAUAAGAUUUUCGUUGCAGACAAGUCUGGUGAUGUCUAUUCUUACUCAAUAACAGAACCUCAGGCAGAUGGAAAACUUGAGCUGGGUCAUGUGUCUCUGCUGUUGGAUGUGGCUCUGAGUCCUGAUGACCAGUACAUCCUCUCUGCAGACAGAGAUGAGAAGAUCAGAGUCAGCUUGACAAAGGCUCCUUACAGUAUUGUAUCCUACUGUAUGGGGCACAGAGAGUUUGUAAGCAAAAUAUUUGUAAUACCCAACUGUCCUGAUCUGCUGUUGUCAGCCUCUGGGGACUCGACUCUGAGACUCUGGGAGUAUAAAAGUGGAGAAGAAGUGCACUGCUGUCAGCUAAGCAGCAUCUGUGGGCCUGAGGCAGCCAAAACUGACCAGAAAUACACCGUGUCAAGAAUAACCUACUGCUGUCAAGGUGGUUAUGUUGCCAUUCUAUGUGACAGCAUUCCCACAGUCUACAUCUUUCAGCUCGAUGCCACUGCCCAGCAGCUCGUUUACAAGCAGCAAAUCCCUUUGCAGCAUAAAGGUUGGGACAUUGCUUUUGGGGAAACGGGAGAUCUGUGGAUUUUGCAGGAAGACAAGGAAGCUCCUCUUCAGUUGUACAGAGCAUGUGAUGGACAGUGGAAGGCUGUAACUGAUGACAAAGGAUUGCAGAAGAUGUCAAAAUAUAUUCAAGACAACUGGACGGUGUUCGAAGGUUUUGUUGGUGCAGGAAGCUACUACAGACACCUCUACAAGGCUUCAUUUGAUAACAUGGAUGAAUAUCUACAGAGGAAGGAGGAAAGGUUACAGCAGCAGAAAAAGAAAAGGCAGAAUCUGCAAUGUGGUUCCAAUGGACAGACAAAAAAAAAGAUGAAGGCUGAAGAGUCAUCACUAUGACUGUUGUUAACUUGUACCUUUUGCCUUGAUGAAAGGAGGUGAUCCAACUGCAGACUGUUUUUAUAUGUAAAAUGAAUUCUGGAAGAAGACUGGUUUAAACUUUUAUUCAGGUUUUCAGGUAACCUGAUGUGACAACAUCCUGCUUGCAGCACAUAAUGCAUUUACAAUAUGCCUGAGCUUUAGCAGCACUCAGUGUUAGUGGUUCAGUCCUGGGAAUCUCUGAUGCAUGACAUAUGAAUAUUGGAGAUGGUAUUUUCCUUGAAACAGGAUCUUCUUUUUGCCUACUGUGUCCAGGCUUUCUUCUUCAGGUGGAAACACACCUGAUGUGAUUUUCUUUUGGUUUGGUUUUGGGUUUUUUUAAACUUUCUAAAAGUUUUCUUAGUUAAUAUAUCUAACUUAGUGUACCUGGCUAUGGGAAAGGGAAUGUAGCAAAAUUCUUGCUGUAUAUGAGAAGUUUUAGCUGAGAAUUUCUCUUUGUCUUCCCUUCAGUUUACAUGGUUGGGAUUCUGCCUAGUUUCUAAUCCAUUGCUUCUUACUUGUGAAAUAUUUCUAUAGGAAGAAGUGAAAAAGUUGAUUUUUUAUUUACAAAGUAAAAGUAAAAUGUGUCAGUCAACUUUUGUGUUAUUGGAAGACCCUUCUAUUGCAAUAUGAUCCUGCUGUGUCUGUAAAAAUCAUUUGAGAGGCCUGUGAGCAAAACCUGGAGUGCAUCCUGCUUUCUUCAGCAAGAACUCUUCCAUGUUGCAAUUAGCCAAGAAAUACAUCUUUUUGAAAAGUUAUCAACCAGAACCUUAGGGGAUCACUUGUUGCUUCAUCAUGGGGCAGAAGAUGUGUUCAUCUACCAGAUGGUAUCAUGUCCUGUAUGGAAUAAAAUGUACUUUACAAAACCAGGUGUAGAAAUCUGUACAAUCCAUUAAAAGUAUUCAGAAUGAACCUAUGAACCAUGAAUAGUUCUGUAGGUCUCUUUAUGUAGCUCUCCCCUCUGGAGUAUCUGGACACUUAAAAUUUUUGCACUCGAAUUCUAGCUACACUAAUGUUUGAGACAUUUUGAGAUGUAGCUUGUUUUGAGGUUGUCAGGUGUGAAGCAGAACUUUCUGUUCAUGUCUGCUCAAAUCCAGUCUUGUCCUCACUGUGUGUCCCAGAGGCCACAACUCUUCUGUGCUGUUGGAUGUCACAUGGAUUUUCACAUUCCUUCUGUUUGGAAGUGCCCCUUAAAGCAUGUCAGGUGCAUUAGUACAGAGCCACUCCUUCACCUCUGAGGUGUGAUUUCUUUUUGUAACUCCUUUUAGGUAAAGAACGUUCUGCCUUGGCAAAGGUCUCUUUGGACAGAAAUUGCAGUGUUAAGGGUGGUAAAGGUCUGGUUAAAAGUCACAAUUCUGGCAGGAGCUGCCCUGGCAAGAGUAAAAUGUGUAGUUUCUAUUACAUGCAGUUACAUAAGAAUGCAUGUCCAUAAAGAUCAUGGUCCAGUGUAGCAAUUCAGCCCCUCUGUCCAAUAUCCAUGUAUCAGGGAUCUGAAGCAUCUUGUUUGGGAAUCUCAAAAGCAGUUGAGUGCUCUGGAUAAUGCUGGUAGUUUGCCUAAAUCCCACGCUGAUGAGAAGCUAGGAUUAAAAACCCUGUAAAUCCAGGAUGGUAUGAGGUGAAAACCUUUAGGAUUGUAUCUGGAACAGUAACUAUGGGGGUACAACACUGGUGCCGAGUAUUUUUCUUGGUCCUCAAGAAGGGAUGAGAAAUUGCAAUCUGAAGUGCUUGAUAGUGGGUAAGAACAGUGGCUUGGAGACUGGAACACCUGCUAUAUGAUGGUGGCUGUUAAAGCUUUAUAGUUCUUUUAUUUAUCUAUCUUAUUUGAGAGCAGCUCUAGGGAAAGCAGCUGGGGAGUCAAUUAAGGAAACUUCAUGAUUAUUUGGGAGAAGAGUUUGCUGUUGGGCAGGUUCAGUACAAUCAUACCAGAAAUAGGCCAGUAUUCACACUGCCUGUGAACCAGACAGGACAGGAGGAAAAGGUUCUGAUUGGAUUUUUUGCUAGCUAUGAUAAAGGAAUGAAUUUUUACCCCUCAUGAAGCCUGCUGGUACAAUGCCAGCUGCAACAUUUUUGAACAAAUUUGAAUCUGCAGCAGGAGUCUGUUUUGGAUCACUUCUGCAUGUCACCAAGUAUGCUGUUUUUGGGGGGGUGGUGUGAGCUAAAGGCAGGGCUUUUUUGUGUCAACAAACCAUUAUUUUUGCCAAGUCUUCUGAGGUCAUGUGGGCUGGUCCCAAGAAUUGCUCUGAUGCUCUAUCCUGAGCACAAGAUAGAUGCAGGGAUCACGGAGUGGUUUGGGUUGAAAGGGACCUUAAAGAUCAUCCAGUUCCAAUACCCUGCCUUGGGCAGGGAACCUCCCACUAACCAGGUUGUUCAAAACCCUGUCCAACCUGACCUUGAACACUUCCAGGGCAUGGACACACUUCCAGGGAUGCUGGAAGCUGUGAGCAUGCAGGGCUGACACAGCAAGUCGCCUCCUCUCUGUGACAUUCCUGCUCACCAGAGGUUUUUGCCCAAUCCUGCCUUGUGUUUAGCAGCUUUGAUGUUGAGUGUUAGGAGUCCAUAUGCAUAAACAAAACCAUUUACUUAGAGAGGAGGAAAAUCGUCUGAGGACAACACAGGUAACUGUUUUCAGUGGGUUGGUGACAGAUCCUAUGUGAGGUUUCAGCGUGAACAUCAAUAUUAUUACACUUCUAAAGGGUCAGAGACUGACAUGGCAAUUCCUAUCCCUGAGGGAUAUUUUUCCCCAGCCGCUUUCUCAGCACAGGGUAGACCUUGACAGUGAUCCUUACCCUGCCUGCUGUCCUGGAAGAAACCCAAAAUUUCUUCCAGUGCUUGAACUCAUGACAGAUCGUGGUGUGUGGGAGUGACAUGAGAUGUGAUAUCUGGCAGAUGGUUCAGGCCUUUUUGUUCUUUUUUCCUGCAAGUUUUCCUCGCCUUUCCUAUUUCAUUUCAUGUUUCCUUUUCUGCACACAACAGGUCCUGAGCUUCGGUGCUGAGACCAUCUGUGUGUCUGUGGAUUGCUUUGAAGGGAUCCAUGAAACUUGCUGGAAGGUCUAAAUCCUUCUUUUAGACAUUUUUCCAAUGUGCCUUGGUUGGAAAACACCCGCAGAUCAUUAAAAGGGAGUGAAUACCACUGCUGCAGAGGGAGACAACACUCCUCUCCCUGGUAUUUGAACUAUUUCUUUCUAGUGGUUGAACCUGAUGUCACUUGAUUGUGUUUAUUUUCUGAACUUGAACCAAAGCCUGUAUCUGUGCCUGGCAAAAAGGGGAUGGGUCAAGGAGGGUGUAGUUUUAUAGCAGAACUGGAAGCUCUCAAACCAUUGCAAGGGAUAUUUGCAGGCCAUGGGAGUUCACCCCACAUUACACUAGAAUUUUUUGUGGUGGUUAUGCAGCUACCCUGCUUCUGUCCUGAGCACUGACAAUCCCAGGAGCUUUUAAAAAUGCAGGUAGGGAAAAAGUUGAAACAAUAACGUGUUUCUUUGCCUCAGCAUUUUAAACCAAAACAUAAGCUUCCUACUCCCAUUGCUGGGAUUUCACCAGACCCCCUUGAGGAACACACUGUUAAACAGUGUGACCUUUUAUCUGUCAUAACAGGAAGGAAUUCUAACCAAAUACAGCCCAGUAGUAAUGCUUAAGAACAUUCUUUAUAUUUUUAACAAAACUUUGAAAGCCAGUUUAUUGUAUAAACAAAAAAAAUCUGUAAACAAAAAUGUUCCUUUCUUGGAAAAAAAAAAACCAAUACAAUGUAGUUUCUUUAUCUUCAGGCUAAUAAAAACUUGCUGCCAAUU